CCAGAACGCCUUUUCUCCCCCAGAACGUCUUUCCCCCCCAAGAACGUCUUUCCCCCCCAAGAACGUCUUUCCUCCCCCCAGAACGCCUUUCCUCCCCCAGAACGCCUUUCCUCCCAUGGCUGCAGGCACCCUCCCAGACGUGCGCAUGGCCACCGUCGAGGGCGGCACUGGCCAGAGGCUCGGCCACGCCGUCAUCAUCGUCGCCGGCGUGUGCUCUCUCAUGGCCAGUCUGACUACUUUCGUCGCGGUCUGGCUGCAGACCAAGAACUACCGCAAGCCGCUGCUCCAGCGAUAUGUCGUGCGCAUUCUCCUCAUGGUGCCCAUCUACGCUGCUGCCUCGUGGGGCAGUCUCAUGUCUGUCCAAGCAGCAGUGUGGAUCGAUCCCCUCCGUGACAUCUACGAAGCCUUCACCAUCUACACCUUCCUCCAGCUCCUCAUCAACUUCAUCGGCGGCGAGCGCGCCCUCAUCAUCCUCAUGACAGGCAGAGCGCCCGUGGCCCACCCGUGGCCCAUGAGCCUGGUCCUCCCCAAGCUCGACAUCUCCGACCCCCACACCUUCCUCGCUGUUAAACGGGGCAUUCUGCAAUACACCUGGGUCAAGCCGCUGCUGGCCCUGGCCGGUGUCAUUAUGAAAGCGACAGGCGUCUACAAGGAGGGCUACAUUGGCAUUUCCUCUGGCUACUUUUGGGAGAGCUUCAUCUACAAUGUCAGCAUCACAGUGUGUCUGUAUGCCCUUGCCAUGUUCUGGGUGUGCAUGACAGAGGAUCUGCAGCCCUUCAGGCCCAUGCCCAAGUUCUUGUGCAUCAAGGGCAUCAUCUUCGCUUCGUACUGGCAGGGUCUGUUUCUCUCCAUCCUCGUCUUCUUGAAGGCCAUCCCGGACGACAUUGAAGGCUACACACCCGACAAUCUCGCUACCGCUAUCCAAGAUGCCCUCAUUUGUUUCGAGAUGCCUCUCUUCGCACUCGCACAUUGGUACGCUUUCUCGUGGCACGACUACGCUGACAACACCAUUUCUGCUGCUCGCCUACCUGUCAGGUAUGCCUUGCGCGACGCCUUCGGCCCCUUGGAUCUCAUCCAAGACACCAAGGAGACCUUUGCCGGCAACAAGUACGACUACCGCCACUUUGACGCUCGAGACAAUGUACUCGCUCACGAAGAAUCGUCCUCGCGUGCUGCCCGCAUGAAGGAGGGAAUGAGAUACGAGAGAAACGGCAAGGGCAAGUACUGGCUACCGAAGCCCGGUCAAUCAUCGGAGCACGAGCCACUUUUGAACAAGGUAUCCCAUGGUCGCGCCCGAGCCAUGAGUCCAGGGCCGCAUCGUGCUCUUGAGGGUGCCAAGUACGGAACUCCAGACCAAGUCGAGGAGCCGGCGCUGGAGCCUGAAGAUGAAAGGCUAUUCGAGAAUGCCCGCGCGCUGGAGUUUGGCGACUGGAAUUACCCAGUCAUUGAGGCACACCGCCCCAGACGUGAGGACCGCUUCUCGACAGGACCUCCCAUCAUAACCGCCUCCACAAACCGCAAUUUCCUCCAGCCGACGGCUGAUAACAAGCGAAGGAGAAAGAGCCAGAUCAAAAAGAUCCAAGAGGACAGCGGCAAGCACGAUAAGCGCGACAAGGGCAAGCAGCGGAGCAGCUCGUCCAGCAAUGGUGAAUCAUCAAAGCAUCACUCGCACGGUCACUUGGUCCCUAGCCUGCUUCGUCAGAAAUCGUCAUCCUCGUCAUCUGCAAAGUCAGACAAGAGUCAGCUUGUCGAUCUUGUUGUCGAGGACAAACAGGCUGAAGAAGUCGAUCGCGUCCGUGCUCGAAAGGAAGGUGGGCCUGCCUGGAACGAGGUCGAGAACAAGCACUUCGUCCACACAUAUCUGCAAGAUGGCCCGGUCGAGGAUGUGCGCGAGGGCUUCGCACCCGAUGUACCCGAACCACACAAUCCCGAGCGCAUACACGACCUUGACUAUCCCUUCAGAGUAGGUGACGAUGAAGAUGAAGACGAUAAGAAAGACUUCAAGCCUCCCGUCAACGAAGAAGCUGAGCUCUGGGAGACACGCGACUACAGCGACAGUGGAGACGUCCAAGACGCGGCAAAGAGCCCGCAUGAGGACAGGCCCAGCCCCAACUACGGCAGCUUUAGGGAAGAGCGCAACGUCUGGGGGCAGGACUCAUGAUGAAUAUUAUCUUACGACACGAUGGUUGCCAUUUUCUCUUGGAGCAAGUUGCAAGUAUACUGUGCUCACCUCGCGCGGAUGCGCAGAGUUAUAUACCCUGAUUUGGUACAUAUUGGCGUUGUUAUCUUCUGCUGUGGAUAUUGCGCGUUGAUGCUAUCGACAUGAGAUUUAUGCAUUGCUUUGUUCGUACCUGGUAUCAUGUCUUUCUUGGAUCUACUUCAAUAUGUGCCCGAUUUGAGGUUUCUGUGUUUGUUGCCUCAGUGGUGUGGUGUAGCCUUGGGCAUGGUGGACCUCGAUGGAGAGAAUCACAGUGUAACGAACACACAUCGAAAUCCGAGUGUGGUCAUGUUGACGUUUCUGAUGUGUUGCCUGAGUGUUUACAGAUCGAAACAA